AGAGCAUCUCUCCUCUUUUUAAGCUUAAAACAACCAACUCCGCCAUUUUAUUCAUUUUCCCAUUUUUCAAUUCACAAGCGUCCCAAAAUUCCCGAAAACCCAGUCAAAACUUAGACAUUUUCCCCCUUUGCGGUUUUCGGGAGCUAGGGUUUUCCUCUCACCUCCCAUCUUCUUUUUCUUUUACUACUGUUGUUGUUGUUGGUGAUUCAAAGUGUAACACUUAAGCUACAACAAUGGCGGCUCACUCUUCUCUCCUUCGAUCUGCUCCUUCUUCUUCUCUCUUCGGUUCCUCUUCCUUUUCUCGCUCUUCCGAUCUUUCUAAGGCGAUUUCCAGUCAUAACAUUAGCUCAUUGAAGAUUCAGACUAAUGUUUUCGGCGCUGCUGUUCAUUGCGGAUCUUCUUCUAUUCGGAAAUGUAGAUCGACAAACGUGCAGCCAAUCAAAGCAACAGCUACUGUAAUCCCACCAGCAGUUCAAGAGUCAAGGAGUGGUGGCAAGACAAAGGUUGGAAUUAAUGGUUUCGGUCGAAUUGGAAGGCUGGUUCUACGGGUAGCAAUUUCUAGGGAUGAUUUGGAAGUGGUGGCAGUGAAUGAUCCUUUUGUUGAUGCCAAAUACAUGGCCUAUAUGUUCAAGUAUGACUCAACACAUGGACCUUUCAAAGGAACCAUUAAUGUUGUGGAUGAUUCAACUAUUGAAAUCAAUGGAAAGCAGGUUAAAGUUACAAACAAAAGAAAUCCAGAGGAAAUCCCUUGGGGUGAUUUUGGUGUUGAGUAUGUUGUUGAAUCUUCAGGCGUUUUCACAACAUUGGAAAAAGCAGCUGCACACAAGAAGGGAGGUGCUAGAAAGGUGGUUAUAUCAGCUCCAUCAGCUGAUGCACCAAUGUUUGUUAUAGGUGUAAAUGAGAAAACAUACAAGCCAAACAUGGAUGUUGUCUCUAAUGCAAGCUGUACUACCAAUUGUCUAGCACCAUUGGCAAAGGUUGUACACGAGGAGUUUGGCAUCCUCGAGGGUUUGAUGACAACAGUCCAUGCAACUACAGCGACUCAGAAAACUGUUGAUGGACCAUCGAUGAAGGAUUGGAGAGGAGGCCGUGGAGCUAGUCAAAACAUUAUCCCUAGUUCUACUGGUGCUGCAAAGGCUGUUGGAAAAGUCCUUCCUGAACUCAAUGGAAAACUUACUGGAAUGGCAUUCCGCGUACCAACAGCGAAUGUUUCUGUUGUGGAUUUGACUUGUCGACUUCAAAAGGAGGCUAGCUACGAAGAUGUUAAAGCUGCCAUCAAGUUUGCUUCAGAGGGCCCAUUGAAGGGUAUUCUUGGAUAUACAGAGGAUGAUGUUGUUUCAAACGACUUCACUGGUGAUACAAGAUCAAGCAUAUUUGAUGCCAAGGCUGGGAUUGCUCUGAGUUCCUCAUUUGUGAAACUAGUUUCGUGGUAUGACAACGAAUGGGGCUACAGUAACCGAGUUUUGGACUUGAUUGAACACAUGGCAUUGGUCGCUGCCAUAUAGAUUCAUUUAAAGCAAGGACAACAGUAUUACUACUCGCAAUGUUUUCAUUGGAAGGGCCUUGGUUUUGAAGUAGGUAGAGAUUGAUGCUAUAGUUCACAUAAAUUUUGUUCCUUAAGACCUUUGAGAUGCCAGAUAUUGAAAUAAGGAUUGGUCGUAGCUGCAGCCAGAAUCACUGGCACUAUAUGUAGAUUCGCAAUUAUGAAUUUUGUAUUAUUGGGUUCGUUUUAUCCGAAUAUUGUAUUUUGCCUGGUGUUCUCUAAAUAUAGAGAACAUUUUAGGUUUCCGGGCAACAUAUGUGGCUGCCUAGUUCCUGCUGGAAAAUAAAUAACAUUCAAAAUUGUUUCGAUAAAAUUGAUUUACAAGCAAUUUGAUUGAA